UUUAGGUUAAAUGCAGCGUUGGUGUUGGUUCGCCAGCUUUUAUUCUCUGUCUCCCAAUAUCUUCCCAACCUUUUGGGGGGCUGCAUUUGUGGCAUGGAGUGGAAAGGUGGGAGAGUCCUAUGCCAUGGCAUAUACUACCAGAAAGCACUAGGGUCCGUGGUGGCUCUAGCUCAGCCUGGCACAUCCCUCUUUUUCCAACUUGCUUUGCUGUCAGUUAACUAAGGCCCACUUCCCCUGUCUCUGGGUCCGUGACUCUGGAUCCUGGUCUGUCCAUCACUCUGGAUCCAAAAUCUCCUUGGAAGUUUUGUUUAAGGCUUCCAGGGGUCAAAGCCGGCGUUAUACCUAUCAUUGCUUUAGCAGGUUGAGGCCAAGAUGUUCCACUUACAAGGCUCACAAGUGCUGCAGAUGCUAGAGAAAUCCUUAAGGAAGAGCCUGCCAGAGUCCUUAAAGGUUUAUGGGACCAUCUUUCACAUGAACCAGGGAAACCCAUUCAAGCUAAAGGCCCUGGUAGACAAGUGGCCUGAUUUUACAACAGUGGUUACCCGCCCUCAGGAAGAGGAAAUGGCAGAUGAUUUUGAUCACUAUACCAAUACCUACCAAAUCUAUUCUAAGAAUCCCCAAAACUGUCAAGAAUUCCUUGGUGCAUCAAGUGUCAUCAACUGGAAACAACAUUUGCAGAUCCAAAGUACCCAGUCCAGCCUGAACGAAGUGAUACAGAACCUUGCAGCUGCUAACCUGGUCAAGGUCAACCAACAACAAGGCAUUGUGUAUACAAUGCCCGAGAGAGCACGUAAACUGCUCCCUUCUUUGCUGGAGGCAAAGAACUUACCUCUUGAAUCUGGCAGAGCCAAGACCAUCAACCAAGAGAUGUUUAAACUCUCCUCCCUGGAUGUUACCCACGCUGCCUUGGUGAAUAAAUUCUGGUAUUUCGGGGGCAACGAGAGGAGCCAGAGAUUCAUCGAACGCUGCAUCCAAACCUUCCCCACCUUCUGCCUGCUGGGGCCCGAGGGGACCCUUGUGUCCUGGAGCCUGAUGGACCAGACAGGCGAGAUACGGAUGGGGGGUACUGUGCCUGAGCACCGGGCCAGGGGUCUCGUCUCCUAUCUCAUGGAUAUUCAUAUCCGUGCUCUGGACAAACUUGACUAUCCUACCUAUUACCAUACGUUUACAAGCAACAAACCCGUACAGAAAAUGAGUCACAGCCUGGGUCAUAUCUGCAUGCCCUGUGACUGGAACCAGUGGCACUGCGUGCCUCUGUGAGGCAGCCCUGAACACAAGACAGUGUUGGGUGGCCUGAUGUGGAAGACUGGACGGGUGGGCAGAGAGGAAGAAUAAAUUGUAAUCAGCAGUCAA